CUGGUUAGCUUGCACAGAUCCAAGGGACGUGGCCAGAAUUGAAAGCAAAACUGUAAUUGUGACUCCAGAGCAACGAGACACCAUCCCGAUCCCCAAAAGUGGAGUGAGCCAGCUGGGACGAUGGAUGUCGGAGGAAGACUUUGAGAAAGCCUUCAGGGUCAGAUUCCCUGGGUGCAUGGAAGGUCGCACCAUGUAUGUCAUUCCAUUCAGCAUGGGACCGAUUGGUUCUCCUUUAUCCAAGUUUGCGAUUGAGCUGACUGAUUCUCCUUAUGUGGUGGCCAGUAUGAAAAUUAUGACUCGUAUGGGAACAUCUGUCCUAGAGGCUCUGGGUGAUGGAGAAUUUGUAAAAUGCCUCCAUUCGGUUGGGUGCCCUUUACCAUUAAAAA